AUGAUCAUGCCACACAUUGUCAUAUUUUAUUUUAUUCUGAUUGUUGUUUCUAUCCAAGCGAAAGAUGCACCGACAUAUACCAACUAUGAAUAUCAACCAUUGGGUGGUGAGGGAAAUUUUUUAGAAAAGAAAAGUUCACAUUCCGUAUCUGGUACAGGUUCAAAACAUGUAGUGAAUGAGGUAUAUGUUUAUAACAGUCCAAACAAUGAUAACAAACAUGAUGAUGGAAAAGAUAGUAACGGAAAAUUUUCAAGCAAUAUUUUAAAUGAACAAGAUGGCUAUAAAUUCGAUGAUAGUAAUUUUUUCCAAAAAUUUGACGAUGACUUUUUUAAACAAGAGAAGAAACAUUCAUCGGCGGCGCAAAAUUCGAAAACGUUAGAAAGUAAAAAUUUUGAUUUUAAAAACGACUUUUAUCCACAAAAACAUCAUCCAGCACAAAACAUCGAACCUGGCGAGAGUUCAACUGAAGAGGAUACUGAAGAACCAGGCAAAGAAAAAACAGGAAAAGAAGAAAACGAAGAUUAA